GAAGAAUUUACCAUAUUUAUUUAUUUUUGCAGUUGUUUACAAUUACAGGGCCGCCCGCCCCGCCCCACCACUUGAUCUGGUAUCGCUGUUUUGUUCGCCAAAGGCUGACUCCACUCUGCUUCUUCCCACCAUCCUCUCUUCUUCUUUCUUCUUUCUUCUUUCUUCUCCCUCAUCUUUUCCUCCGACAUGUUCGUCGGAAUCUAUUUCAGGCAACCGCGUUUAUCGGGCACCCAACUGAUAGAUCCGUCUUACUUUCCCCAAUUUCAGAAAUUGUUUACACCCUCGCUUUGGAUUUCUCGCUAAUUAGAAAGAUUCCAGAUCGUUUCAAUUUGGCGGCUGGAAAGAAAUUCGGUUCUUGGUAAUUUAAUUUCUACCGGGUUUCUGAGGGUUAGUGUAUUCGUUUUCUCAAUCUGUUUGAAUAGGGCUGCGAGAGCUUCUCUAAUUGGUAUAACUUCGUGCUCGUAAUAUCACGAAUAUCGUAUAAAUGGAAUAUUCUGAGUAUAUAUGCUACACAUAUUCACACUUUGUUUCAAUAAAUUAAUGGAAAGAGGAAACAAGUGCGUACUGAUUGCUGCUUUCAAGGAUCGGAAUUUGUUUCCUGGGUAUUGGGAAGAUAAUCAGAGACCGCCAGGAUAUUGCAUUUUGAGAUUGGUGGUGUUUGUUGGUAUAGCCUGUUGAUUCUUUUGUUUUAAAUUAUAUCAAUUUUUGCUGACACACAAACAAAGUUUGUUGUAAUACCGUACUGGAGGAGAUGGAGGAUGAAGAAGUAAGUUAUCUUUCGAACAUAGAUUUGACAGAAAGAACGAUUGAUGGUUCGCAGCAGCGACGGCGCAUAUUAAACGAUUCACUUCUCCCAGGUCUUAAUGAUGAUGUGGCGAUGAAUUGCUUUGCUUGCAUUCGAAGGUCAGAUUAUGCUUCUCUAUCAUGUGUUAACUCAAGGUUUAACAAGUUGAUUAGAAGUGGUACCUUGACUGAGUUGAGGAAGGAGAUGAGGAUUGUCGAGCAUUGGGUGUAUCUGGUUUGUGAUCUAAAGGAGUGGGAGGCAUUUGAUCCUGGUAGAAAUAAAUGGAUGGCAUUGCCUAAGAUGCCUUGUGACGAGUGUUUCAACCAUGCUGAUAAGGAGUCCUUAGCAGUGGGCAGCGAGUUACUAGUUUUUGGUCGCGAGUUUUAUGAUUUUGCCAUAUGGAAAUAUGCAUUUUUUCCUCAUCAUUGGGUGAAAUGUGGAGGAAUGAACCAGCCUCGUUGUUUGUUUGGGUCUGGCAGCCUUGGUUCGAUAGCCAUUGUUGCAGGUGGGAGUGAUAAAAAGGGAACCGUUCUGAAAUCGGCCGAAUUAUACGACUCUUCAAAGGGUCAGUGGGAAAAGUUGCCCGACAUGCACGUGCCACGUCGGUCGUGUUCUGGGUUCUUUAUGAACGACAAAUUCUACGUGAUUGGUGGGAUGUCUAGUCCCACUGUGUCAUUAACAUGUGGGGAGGAGUAUGAUUUGAAGAAGAGAAAAUGGAGAAAAAUAGAAGGCAUGUAUCCGUACGUGAACCAAGGUGCUCAUGCUCCCCCUCUAGUUGCAGUUGUGGACAAUGAACUAUAUGCGGUGGAGCAUUUAACGAACAUGGUUAUGAAAUAUGACAAAGUGGAGAACACAUGGAAUGUGUUGGGGAGACUUCCAGUGAGGGCAGAUUCUUCAAAUGGAUGGGGGCUUGCUUUCAAGGCUUGUGGGGAAGAACUUCUGGUUGUGGGUGGACAGAGAGGCCCCGAAGGCGAAUCUAUUGUGCUCAGCUCUGUGUGUCCAAAGUCAGGAGUCAAUAAUGGAACUUUGGAUUGGAAGAUAGUUGGAGUAAAGGAACAUGUUGGGGUUUUUGUCUACAACUGUGCUGUUAUGGGCUGCUGAAGGAUCAUUCUUAGAACUGAUUUGACGGAGGCUAGUUUUUGGUUUCUACAAAGGGAUCUUUUCUUCUUAGUGUUGUUCUCAUAACUGUAGCUAAUAAUUUAUUUACAUAGUUUCACUCUCUUCCUGGAUUUGGCUUUACUCAACAUUGCUUACCUUAUCCCCGUUUUGCUGCUUUCUGAUUUGUCAAGUUAAUUGGUAAAAUCCCCCUCCCUCUCCCCCCUUUGUGUGUAAUUUUUGUGUUACAUCUUUCUUGUAAGUUAUCAAUUUACAAUUUAUGUAAAAGUCGUUGCCAAAUAAUUGUAUUAGCUGAGAGCACUGUUAGUGUUA